CCAGUUUAAUUAAAAUAGCCGACGGCUGAUGGACUUCCUGGUUGCGCGUGUAAAGUAGGCGAGAAAGGUUGCAUGUCUUUGCUCUGAAAAUAUGCUAAAUUUCGAGCAAAGUCCUGACAUUUGAGCAAGGAUAGGAGUCCUUCCAUUCAGCUGCAGCUUUUGGGCCAGUUUGCUGAUCACAUUGCAUCGAGCUGAAGCUAGCCUAGAAAUUUCAGCAGAGGAAAAUGGCUUCUCGAAGAUGGUUUCAUCCUAAUCUUCUCGGGGUGGAGGCAGAACGUUACUUGAUGGAGAGUGGUUUUGAUGGUAGUUUUCUCUGUCGUCCAAGUAAGAGUAACCCUGGUGAUUUCACGUUGUCUGUCAGGCGUGCUGGUGAGGUGACCCACAUUAAGAUCCAGAAUACUGGAGACUACUUCGAUCUUUAUGGAGGGGAGAAGUUUGCAACACUAGCAGAGCUGGUACAGCAUUAUACUGAGGGACGCAAUCAACUCAAAGAGAAGAAUGGAUUGGUUAUUGAACUUAAGUACCCACUCAACUGUGCCGAUCCUACAAAUGAGAGAUGGUUCCAUGGCCAUAUAACGGGCAAGGAAGCAGAGAAAGCCUUGAUGGAAAAAGCCAAGAAUGGUAGUUACUUGGUACGAGAAAGUCACAGUAAACCGGGAGAUUACGUUUUGUCAGUCCGAACGGAGGAUAAGGUCACCCACGUCAUGAUCAGAUGUCAGGAUGGCAAGUAUGAUGUAGGAGGAGGGGAGCAGUUUUCAACAUUGGCUGAUCUGGUGGAGCAUUAUAAGAAGAAUCCCAUGGUGGAAACAUCUGGUUACGUGGUUCAUCUCAAACAGCCUUUCAAUGCCACAAGGAUUGCAGCUUCAGGAAUCCGGAGUAGAGUGGAGGUACUGGAGAAGGAGACUAGCUCAAGGCAAAACUCAAAGAAGGCUGGCUUCGAGGAGGAGUUUGAGGCAUUACAGCAACUGGAUGCCAAACACUUACUGAAACGACGUGGAGAUGAACCUGAAGAUAAAGCCAAGAACAGAUACAGGAACAUUCUACCAUUUGAGCAUUCCAGAGUGGUUCUGAAUGACGGAGAGAAUGGUGACUACAUCAAUGCUAACUUCAUUGAUCUACGUAAAGCUUUAACAGGAGACUUGUCGUUGGCGUUGGCAUGCCAACAGAACCAGAAAGCCUUCCAAGCCGGAGAAAAUGUUGAGAAAAUGGAUGGAAGCUGGGAGAAACAGAAACGGUACAUAGCAACACAGGGAUGCCUCAAGGACACUGUGAUCGACCUCUGGAGGAUGGUAUGGCAAGAAAACUCAAGGGUCAUCGUCAUGACAACCAAAGAGGUUGAAAGGGGAAAGAAUAAAUGUGUGAGAUAUUGGCCAGAUGCUGACAGGAAGUUAGAGAAAGGCAAACUCAUCAUUACGUAUAUCAACGAACAUCUGAAGGAAGAUUAUGAUCUGAGAGAGUUUGCAUUGACCCACAAAGACCAUUUAGAUGAGACCAGACCAGUUUUCCACUUUCAUUUCAAGAGUUGGCCUGAUCACGGUGUCCCCUCAGAGCCGAGUCGGGUGCUGAGCUUCCUUCAUGAUAUCAACAUGAAACAAGAUGAGAUUCCGGGUGCCGGACCCAUCAUUGUUCACUGCAGUGCUGGCAUUGGACGGACAGGAACCUUUAUUGUCAUUGACAUUAUCCUCAAUCUUAUCAAUCAGCAUGGCUUGGACUGUGAGAUUGACAUCUUCAACACGAUUCGGCUGGUCAGGGGUCAGAGGUCAGGGCUUGUCCAAACUGAGGCUCAGUACAAGUUUGUCUACCAAGCUGUGCAGCAGUAUAUUGAAACCAUGACAACAAGAGUACAAGCAGAACAUAACACACUUAAGACAGGACGGGAGUACAUCAACACUAAGAAAGCUCACUAUGAGCUACAGACCCCAUCCCACGGGGCACAUUCAGUGCCACCACACACACCAAUACCCCCACAAGAUAGGGUCAUGCAAGAGCAGAAGCUCUAUGAGAAUGUUGGGCCAAUGAGGUCACCACCAGCUGGGAAUCAAAAGCAGUUCAGUCAUCCGCCAGUCCCCAGAAAGUAGUCCCCAAAGACAAGGAGAUGUGAACAGCAUGUGAUGUAUCACUUACAUCUCAUUACAUCUCACCGAAUCACAGCUCUGUCUCUCACCAGGUCGCAACCUUCACAAGGCAUUUUUUCCUGACUUCAUCUGUUUUUCUGACAGAUUUUGUAAGUGAAAGUUUUUGGCAAGCCUUUACUCAGCAAAUUUUUGAUAUUUACUUUUGGAAAAAUGCAUGUGUGAAACCCACCCGUAUAUAAAUAUUUUCUGUGACUGUGAUAACAUUUUGUCUAAAUCAGUCAACCUGCAUGUUAUAAUCAGCAAAAAUCAAAUUUCAUUGCAUUUUUUGGACUUAUUCUGUUCAUAGAUAUGCUAAAUGUGAUGGAGUAGUGUUUUCGGCUUCUCAAAAUGUUAACAACAUGUACCUCUGUUUUGAAAACUUUGGCUACGUACAAAAAAGGGAAAUUAUGAUUUAAAAUCUUACUUUUAACAUGUGCAGGCAGUGAUACGGUGUGCAACCUUCACAUGUGUCCACCACAUGCUUGCGAAAUUAUGCAAAAGAUAAGUCAUUACCAAUCUGAUUUUUUAAAAAUCUUCCUUCAACACACACCUUGCGGUCUCAGAGAAUUAGUUACACCACAGAGUGCAUGUGAGAAUUAUGAUUAUUUUUGGAAGACAGUGCUCCACAUUUAUACAAUUGACAAAAAGUCAGUUGAUUGGAAGAAACUUUGAGAUUUUGGACAUUCAGGUUCACCCUCUUUUGAAGCUCCUCCCACUCUAUCCCCAUUCACAGAUUGUCAUUAUUUCACAAUAUUCACAAGCUGUCAUGAAUUCUUACAUUACUUAUUCCUCACCUCUGAACCCAGCCAACCCCCCCACUCAUCCAUGCCAUCCAAACCCCAUGGAUUUGUUUUUAAAGUGUGACCUUUCCAGUUUUUAGUGUGGAAAUUCAACUUUGAUUUAAAUAUCUAGAGUUGUGAGCAUUUAACCAAAUAUUGUUGAAAUGUACAUUUGUUUGAAUGUUUUGAUCUUUCGUUUGUGUCAAAAAGAACAGUAUUUUUUGUAGCAAAUUUUAUUUUUAAUUACAUUUUGUAUGAAAUAAAAUCACAAUAUGUGAAAAUGUAAAUGAAUGGACCUAUGGAUGAAAGGUGGUGAAAUAAAUUACGUCCACAGCUUGUGAUCAGUAAUUGUUGAAAAAAGUAUUAUAGAGUAACGCUGAUGAAUUGGCCAACCAAGUCACUCCAUCAAAGUACGUCUGACAGUCUGAAAAAAGUGUAUAGCUUGACAAUCAAGCAAUCAACUGCCUGAAUCCUCUACAAGCCAUGCUUUCCAGGACAGCAAGACUACAUUCUUCCCACUUUUUGACAGAUUUUGAAAGAUGUGGGAGGGUUAGGGUUGAACUGUAAAGGAAGGACACAGACUUGUCCUUGUUAGGUUUCAGAUGCUUGGAUUUGAUUGGCUAAUCUAUAGUCAAUCGGGGCAAACCUAACUCGGAGUUUAAUGUGUUGCUAUAUCAGCGUAGUUUGUUAUUGGCCCACUGAAAUCCCAAAUCCCAGUUUUGUCUGCUUGUGUUGGUUCUUAUACCAGAGAGCUGAUUGGUUGCUAAUUGCUGUGGUCAGUGAAAUGAAAACCAGCUAUAGAUUGAGGCAAAAUGUGUUUGACUGACACACUGAGCAGAGAGUUUAACAAAUUUCUAGAAACAUUCGUCUAGUAAAUAUAUUAUGUACCAUUGUAUGUGUAUGUAUGUCAUUUGGAAUUUUAGUUAUGUCAUCUGAUAAUUCCCCAUAGUUUAUGCUCAAACCAGAACAGAAAUAGUUUUUUGCCGGGUUCUCUUUGCUGGAAUAUGUAUAAGGUUAAGCCUUUGACCAUUGACAAUGUAAACAUUGAAAGUUUAUUAAAUAGGCAGCAACCGGUAGGAAUGUCCUCAUGGGGUAUUAUUCAAGAAGUGGAAGACAAAAAAUACACUACUGGUCAUUGAAGAUAUAAAAUUGAAAACAUCUGUUCAGAACUUGUGCAAAUGGAGAUUAAUUAAAUGUUCCUGAAAAUUCGAGUGAUUUUAUUUGCCAGCAAAGUAGUGAAAUGCAACAGUAUUUCAUGAAACUCAGUGUUGCUUUUGUAGAGAUAUUUUUCCUGUUAAUUUACAUUUGAACUGAAGACGGGACAGCAAUUUUGUGGGAGUUAUUAAUAGAUGUAUAGAAAUGAAUGUAUCUCUAUGACUUCCAUAGGGAUGUGUGUGAACAAUACUUUACGCAGUUUAAUAACAUGUAGAAAAUACAGCAGAAAAUUGGCAGUGAUAUUUUUGUACCUAGAUACGUAAAAAGAAUAAUUGCACUGUACAUAAACAAUUAAAAAUUGAUCUUUGUACAAGUAAUGGGUCAGACAUUUGGUAGAUACCAAUUGUUAAUUAUUGGAGGCAGUUACAUGUACUGAAAAAAGGGAAGGGAUUGAAUGACCAAGCCCAUGGAGUUACAGGAGAAUGUCAGUAUCAACGUGUAGAAUGCAUGCAAUCAAAGCAGAAUUUUUUCAGUAGCAAGAUUAGACACAUGUAGCUAAGGCCAAAUAUUAUCCAAUGAAAGAAAAGAGCUGUGACGACACUUUAUUUUGACAUCGUUAUAAAUGCAAAUUUGAUCAAGUUGGAUUUGACCAUUGGUGCUUUCUCAGCAACAUGAAUGCUUCAAAUUUUACAUAAUCUUCUCAUCAUGGCCCACUUUUUUUGCUGUCUUUCUUCAAAGGAAACCGUCUUAUGCCACCAUCCAUGACCUCCUGAAGUUCCCAUACGGUACCUUGUAUUUCAUGUAGUGUUAUGGGGUAUUUGACACUAAUAUGGCUGCAGGUUUAAAAGUCAAGGCAUUUUUCUUUUUUAAGUUUUUGAUUCAUUCUUGGUACCGGUAAUUAGGUCAAGUUAUGCAAAUUUGUUUAUAUUUUAAUAAUGAUGUACUUAAGAUUCUGUGCAUAUAUAAAGUGGAUUAUUAUAAACAUAGAUUAAUAUAUCAGAUAGUAACAGGCUCUGAAAUAGAAUUUUUGUUUUCUUUUGUGAUUUUGAGUUUCUGAGAAAAUUUGAACAGAAGUAUAUUCAGAGGGUUAAAUAGUUUUGCAAGUACCAUAUUUGGAAUAUUUCAGAGCUGUACAAAGCAUUCAUUAUCAACAAUUUUGCAUAAAGGUUAUCAAUUCAACAUUGACUUUAAUUUUGUAUUUGAACUUUGUGUUUUUAACAGCCAAGUGAAUGUGGAAACUGCUUACACGUGUUUCCUUUGAACUUUCCAAUUGGUGAAUCCCUCAAUUGUAUGAAAUCUUAAAAAAAAGUUUCUUGAGCAUUUUCAACAAAACUUCAGUUUAAAUCAAAACAAAUUGAGCACUAAGUUAAGAAAAUGUUUAAGUAAUUCUCUGUGUAUUCCGCAGACCUUUGAUAAAGCAUAACCAUUUAUUCCAAACAUUGGUUUACUUUCUGUCACCUGGAAGUAAAAAGAGCUUGUUCUACACUGUGAUGCAGUUUCAAACAUUUUUUUGUUUUCUUGUGUAUAUUGUGUUAAUACAUGCAAAAUAGAACUGUAUAUUGUAGUAUUUUUUCAAAGCCAGUUGGAGACAACUAAGGAUAGCAUGUUCAUAUUUUCUGUACAUCUAUUGAAGUUAUGUUGAAUUAUUGGAGGAAGAGUGCUAAAAAAUGGUUGCAGUGAAUAGAAUGGAAAUUGUAGAAUUGGCAGGGUUGUGCGUAAUUAUUCAUAGGAUUACAGUUGUAGUCUGGGUGCUAGACUUUGGACUGCGCACCAGUUCACUUGGUAAAUUGUUGCCCGGGCAAUCAGACGUUAAUACAAGAAUCUGCUUUUCAUGGACCCAUCUGUUAUGGAAAUACCAUAAAGUAUCAACAAAAAAAUGUGUUGUGUAUAGAUGAUUCAUAAAUACUCAACAUCAAGAAGAUGUAAUAGGAUAUCUGGGAAGCAGUGCUGUUGCAUUUUUGUUCAAAUGUGAUAAAAAUAGCAAAACUGACAAAUACACAGAUUGUCUAUAAACUGAGACUUGGAUAUCUUGCACCAAGCAGGUUUUGUCAUUUUUAUAUAUCCAGUUUCGCCAAACCUACACAUCAUACAAACAUUUUAAAUUAAGUUGGACAAAAGAAAUGUUUGUACUUACUGUAUCAGACUUGUCUUGAAUUAAAACCCUGUAUUUUGCUUUCCAUGCUCUUUGGCGAAAUGUGGUCAAAUCAUAAAUGAAGUAUAAUACCGCUGCUGUCAAACUUACUCAGAACAACCUUCUUAUGUAUUGCUGAUGUGAAGGGAAGAGACUUACCAAGGAAGGUCUUUAUUACAAUGAGAAGCUUUCAGUUUAUUUUAUUAAAGAGAGUUCACUCUGCCAUGUUUUA